AUGUGCAACCUCUGUCGACGAAUCGAAACCAUAAAAACCAUCGAAUCCAUCCUCCUGAAACCCCUCAUCAGCAUCCUCUGCAAAUUCCACGAAAAAUCAGAACCAGGACUCGGAGAUGUCCUAAUAUGGCGCGAGGCGCGCAUAAAUGCCAUCCAAAAGCGUCUACUUCCCCUACAAAUUGGACCUUUAAAAUAUCUCAUAAGAGCCAUUAUAGCCGAUUUAGAGUCCGAGUUGGCAAAAAUACAAAUUAAAAAGAUGGACCAUCCAGCCAUGUGGAGUGUAGGAAAGUUGAAUAGUUUGAAGGAAAAUAUUCGGCCUGAUGAGAGCUCGAGUAUUAGGGCGUGGAAGACUAAUAGAGCUGAGGAAGCUAGAGUUGCGAAAAGUACUGUAGCUCCUCAGAGUAUUACUCGGACGCAGGAUCAUAUGGAACAGGAUCUUUUGGUGGAUGAUUUGUUUCCGCAUCCCGAUAAUCUUCAAUGGUCUACGCAGCUUGUCGAUGAAUGGUUUGCCAAGAAUAGUGAUGUUUGGUUAAGCGAGGGGGCUUCUGGAGAGUAUGUUAGGAAGUAUGGUAUAGGUUCGAGAUGA